CCGGGGAAACCCGGCAGGCAGCGUCCUGGGUCAGCAGAGCCGUCACCUGUUGGGCGGCAGAGGCGGGGACAGCCGCCGCCUCCAGGGCACAGCCCCCAGUCCCGGCGACAGCAGGCGGGUGGCGGACGCUCCGGGACCCGGGCCGAGAGAGGCCGGGCGCUGGAAUGCGGUCUUCCCGGGCGAGGGAGACUUUGCACCGGAGUGGAGACUAGUUGGGGUGGGGUUUCGCCGGUCCCCUCCGCCCCACCCCCCGGGCCCCCUUCCAAGCGCUUUCCGCGAGCUUCCCGAACUGCGCUCUGAAGUUUCCAGAGUGAGGAGCCUGGGCGGCCGGCAGGGACAAUGGAAGAAAGCGAAGGCCAGAAAUGUGAGCCGAACCUGCCUCCCUCCAGAGACAGCAGACAGAUGCCCCAACAAGGGAAAAGCAAUCUUCAUGUAACGUCCCUGGAAGAUGCAGCAUGCCGCCGGCCCAAGGAACGCCUCUCUAAUGGAAACACCCGGGCUCAGGUUUCCAAGCCUGCCCGAAAUAUCCCACGGAGACACACGCUAGGUGGGCCCCGAAGUUCCAAAGAGAUCCUGGGGAUGCAAACGUCUGAGAUGGACAGGAAGAGAGAGGCUUUCCUGGAACAUCUCAAGCAGAAGUACCCCCACCAUGCCACAGCAAUUAUGGGCCACCAGGAGAGGCUGAGGGACCAGACAAAAAGCCCCAAGCUAUCCCACAGUCCUCAACCUCCCAAUCUGGGGGAUCCGCUCGAGCAUUUGUCGGAGACAUCUGGUGACUCUUUGGAAGCCAUGUCUGAGGGGGAAGUACCAAGCCCUUUCGCUAGAGGAAGUCGGACUCGAGCGAGCCUUCCCGUGGUGAGGUCAACCAACCAAACGAAAGAGAGAUCCCUGGGUGUUCUCUACCUCCAGUAUGGAGAUGAAACCAAACAGCUGCGGAUGCCGAAUGAAAUCACAAGCGCAGACACGAUCCGUGCCCUCUUUGUAAGUGCCUUUCCACAGCAGCUCACCAUGAAAAUGCUGGAGUCGCCUAGUGUUGCCAUCUACAUCAAAGACGAGAGCAGAAAUGUCUAUUAUGAGUUAAAUGAUGUGAGGAAUAUCCAAGACAGAUCCCUUCUCAAAGUGUACAACAAGGAUCCUUCACAUGCCUUUAACCACAUGGCCAAAGCUGUGAACGGAGAUGUGAGGAUGCAGAGAGAAAUUGUUUAUGCAAGAGGAGAUGGCCUUGUAGCCCCCAGACCUGGAUCCACGGCUCACACACCACAUGCAAUUCCAAACUCCCCACCAUCCACUCCAGUGCCCCAUUCCUUGCCUCCCUCCCCAUCCAGAAUUCCUUACGGAGGCAGCCGUCCCAUGGCUAUUCCUGGCAACGCCACCAUCCCCAGGGACAGACUCUCUAGCCUGCCAGUCUCCAGAUCCAUCUCCCCAAGCCCGAGCGCCAUUUUGGAAAGAAGAGAUGUCAAGCCCGACGAAGACAUGAGCAGCAAAAACCUAGUUAUGUUCAGAAAUGAGGGUUUCUAUGCUGACCCUUACCUCUAUCAUGAGGGACGCAUGAGCAUAGCCUCGUCCCAUGGUGGCCACCCACUGGAUGUCCCAGAUCAUGUCAUUGCAUAUCACCGCACUGCGAUCCGGUCAGCAAGUGCUUACUGUAACCCUUCCUUGCAAGCAGAAAUGCAUAUGGAGCAGUCAUUAUACAGACAGAAGUCAAGGAAAUACCCCGACAGCCAUUUGCCUACCUUGGGCUCCAAAACGCCCCCAGCCUCUCCGCACCGGGUGGGUGACCUGAGAAUGAUAGACAUGCACCCUCAUCUUAACGCACACGGAGCCCCUCACACCUUGCAGCCAGACCGGGCCUCACCCAGUCGCCAGUCCUUCAAAAAGGAGCCCGGCACCCUGGUGUAUAUCGAAAAGCCACGGAACACUCCAGGAUUAUCCGGCCUUGUAGACCUGGGGCCUCCUCUAGUUGAGAAACAAGUUUUUGCUUACAGCACUGCUACGAUCCCCAAAGACAGAGAAACCAGAGAGAGGAUGCAAGCCAUGGAGAAGCAGAUUGCCAGUCUCACUGGCCUUGUUCAGUCUGCGCUUUUUAAAGGGCCCAUUACAAGUAGUAGCAAAGAGGCGUCUAGUGAGAAGAUGAUGAAAACCACAGCCAACAGGAACCAAGCAGAAGGUGCAGGAACUGUCCAUGUUUCUGCUGGGAAGAGUCUGGGCACUUUGGAGUCCCCACUGCCCCCCAGCCAACCCCUGCCUGCCGGCACCUCAUCCAUCCACAUGAGCCUGCUUGACAUGAGGCGGAACGUGGCUGAGCUCAGACUCCAGCUCCAGCAAAUGAGGCAGCUCCAGCUGCAGAACCAGGAGAUUCUGAGGGCAAUGAUGAAGAAGGCCGAGCUGGAAAUCAGUAGCAAAGUCAAGGAGACCAUGAAGAGACUGGAGGAUCCGGUACAACGGCAGCGCACCCUGGUGGAGCAAGAGAGGCAGAAGUAUCUUCAUGAAGAAGAGAGGAUUGGCAAAAAGUUGUGUGAGCUGGAGGACUUCGUUGAGGACUUGAAGAAGGACUCUUCAUCCGCUGGCCGAGUGGUGACUCUGAAAGACGUGGAGGAUGGAGCGUUCCUCCUUCGCCAAGUGGGAGAAGCGGUGGCCACUCUCAAAGGAGAGUUUCCAACCUUGCAAAACAAGAUGCGUGCUGUCUUGCGCAUAGAGGUCGAGGCGGUGAGGUUCCUGAAGGAAGAGCCACACAAGCUGGACAGCCUCCUGAAGCGAGUGAGCAGCAUGACGGGAGUCCUGACAGUGCUGCGGAGGCAUGUCACUGAUGGGCUCCUGAAAGGCACAGAUGCAGCCCAAGCUGCCCAGUAUGUCGCCAUGGAGAAGGCCACAGCUGCAGAGGUCCUGAAGCAUCAGGAGGAGACAGUCCAUGUGCCUGGGCAGCCCCUCCACAGCAGCACAGGAGGUCCUGGUGAUGUGAAGUCAGAAGUGGUACCGCUGUCCACCAUGACGGUUCACCAUGUACAGAGCUCCCCUGUGGUCAUGCAACCUUCCCAGCACUCCUCAGCCUUGCUGAACCCAGCCCAGAACUUGCCCGGAGGGACUGGUUCCCAUACAGCCAGCCCCACAACAGUCAAACAGGAAAUAACCUCUACACCGCAGUCGGCUCCAGGUCCCCAGUCCCCUCAAACCCCGAUGAAUGGUUCCUCCAUGCAGAGUUUAUUCAUUGAGGAAAUCCAUAGUGUGAGUGCCAAGAACAGGGCAGUGUCCAUUGAGAAAGCAGAAAGAAAAUGGGAAGAAAAAAGGCAAAAUCUGGAACACUAUAACGGGAAAGAGUUUGAGAAGCUACUGGAAGAAGCUCAGGCCAACAUCAUGAAGUCAAUCCCAAACCUGGAGAUGCCGCCAGCUUCCGGCCCAGUGCCAAAAGCCGAAGCCUCGGUGGACAAGCUAGAGCUGUCAGAAGAUUCUCCAAAUUCAGAGCAGGAGUUGGACAAGCUAGGGGGAAAGUCACCCCCUCCUCCGCCCCCACCCCCUCGGAGAAGCUACCUUCCUGGGUCAGGACUCACCACCACAAGGUCUGGCGAUGUGGUCUACACCGGCAGAAAGGAGAGCAUGUCUAAGGUGAGCAGUGAAGACCCUGGGCCAACCCCACAGACUAGAGCCACAAAAUGUCCCACAGAGGAGCCAGCCUCAGCCUGGGCCCCAUCCCCACCUCCAGUCCCUGCCGCUUCCUCCAAGGAUGAGGAGGAAGAAGAAGAAGGAGACAAAAUCAUGGCGGAACUCCAGGCAUUCCAGAAGUGUUCCUUUAUGGAUGUAAAUCCAAACAGUCAUGCUGAGCAGUCCCGAGCUGACAGCCACCUUAAAGACACUAGGCCAGGCGCCACAGUCCCUCCCAAGGAGAAGAAGAAUUUGGAAUUUUUCCCUGAAGAUGUACGAAAAUCUGAUGUUGAAUGUGAAAAUGGCCCCCAAGUGGAAUCUCAGAAGGUUACUGCAGGGGCUCUGAGACCUAGUGGCCCUCCCAAGUGGGAAAGAACAGUGGUGACUAGUGGGCCUGACCCAUCAAGAACACCAGAAUGUAGAGGUGACACCUUCAUGGAGGACAAUUCCACACCCAAUAAGAAUCUAUUCAGAGACAGUAGAAAUUAUUCCCAGAAAAAUGUGCCUAAGGUCAAUUUCCAUUUCACUGGCAUGAAUUCAUUGGAAGGUGAACUCAGCCAAGGGCCUAAGGUCUCGGGACUACAGUGUGUUAUUCCUGACACCGACAAUCAAAAGUUGAAUUAUGGAAAGACAAGAGAGGCAGACCGACAAGGACAGGAAAAUACAGAUAAGAGUCACAUUCCUCCCCCACCUAGAUCAGCAGAAUUAAGUAUUCAUGAGGCCAAAACACAAGAUCACGAUGUUCUCAUGACAGACCUUGGCCAAGUUGUCCUGAGAUCCAAGGUGGGUAGGCAUGCUAACAUGAACACUAUUGAGGAUGGAGAGUCAACUCCAAGUUCUCCCAGUGAGGAACACACAGCCACUGAUAAUAUCGCCUUCAUGAUCACCAAAAAUGCUGUGCAGGUUCUGUCCAGUGGGGAGGUCCAUGACAUUGUGAGCCAAAAGGGACAAGAUGUACAGACAGUCAAUAUUGAUGCAAGAAAAGAGACAACCUCUCAGCAAGAAGGGACUGAAGCUGAAGAGCCAGUCAUGUGUCUAGACAAGAAGCCAGUUAUCAUCAUUUUUGAUGAACCCAUGGACAUCCGAUCUGCGUAUAAGAGACUUUCAACUAUCUUUGAGGAAUGUGAUGAGGAACUAGAGAGAAUGAUGACAGAGGAAAAGAUCGAGGAGGAGGAAGAGGAGGAAGAUGGAGACGCUGGAGUCCAGCCUUCUUCCCAAAUGUCUCAUAAGCAGGUUGACUCGGGAAGUGGUGGGAGGGGACAAAAGGCAGAGACACAAUCACGACCCAACUCCCUUGCAGCAGAGAGUCAAACUCCAGGAAAGCAGGAAGUUCAUAAAGCUGAGCAGAGAAAGCUUAGCUCUGAAGAUUCUCCAGACUCGGGAAACAAGAGUGACAUGGCUGAUGACCAGUUUGAAAGCCCCAAGAAAAAGUUUAAGUUCAAAUUCCCUAAAAAGCAACUUGCUGCUCUUACUCAGGCAAUCCGCACAGGAACGAAAACGGGAAAGAAAACCCUGCAGGUGGUGGUCUAUGAGGAAGAGGAAGAGGAUGGCACUUUGAAACAGCACAAAGAGGCCAAGAGGUUUGAAAUCACCAGGUCACAGCCUGAAGAUGCCCCAAAAACCAUGGCUAGGAGACAAGAACAGCCUGGUCUCGAAGGCACAUCUCCAACUUCAAGGACGGAUGAAAUUAGGAAAAAUACUUACAAAACGCUGGACAGCCUGGAGCAGACCAUAAGGCAACUUGAAAAUACAAUCAGUGAAAUGAGCCCCAGGGCCCUAGUUGACACCCCGUGUUCUUCCAACAGAGAUUGUGGUGCAAGCUCGCCCCACAUAGCCCAAGAGGUCUCUCCCCGGUCCUUGCUAGUUCUGGAUGAAGUGCCCCCUGCCCCAGAGCCCCCCACGUCCAUAUCUUCAGCUUCACGUAAGGGCUCCAUCACCACCUCACAGACAAGUCGGAUGCCAGUCCCCAUGAGUUCUAAGAACAGACCUGGAAGCCUGGAUAAGCCCAGCAAACAAUCCAAACUCCAGGAUCCCCGCCAAUACCGCCAGGCUAACGGAAGUGCUAAGAAAGCUAGUGGGGAUUGUAAGCCUCCUUCCCCCUCCUUCCCUGCCUCUAAGAUUCCAGCCCUCUCUCCCAGCUCUGGGAAAAGCACUUCCCUAUCCUCUGCUAGUGGCGACAGCUCUAACCUCCCCAGUGCACCUGCUACUAAACCAUCGAUGGCUUCUACCCCUCUCAGCCCCCAAGCAGGACGGUCCACUCACUCCGCCUCCCUCAUCCCUUCUGUCUCUAAUGGCUCCUUAAAGUUUCAGAGCCCGCCUCAUGCAGGUAAAGGCCAUCACCUUUCAUUUGCACUGCAGACUCAAAAUGGCCGAGCUGCCCCUACUUCCUCUUCCUCCUCCUCCUCCCCUCCCUCCCCUGCCUCUCCCACCUCCCUGAAUCAAGGUGCCAGGGGCGUCAGGACCAUCCAUACUCCUAGCCUCGCCAGCUACAAAGCACAGAACGGAAGUUCAAGCAAAGCCACCCCAUCCACAGCAAAGGAAACUUCUUAAAGGCCAGAUCCUAUUAGGCACAAGAUGGAAUUACAUUCUUGUUUUUAACUUUUAGCAGUCUGGAACAACUGUUUUCACAAGAGAAUGUUCCAUAUUGUUGUGCUGAUCAAGGCUUCAUGCAAAGUAUGUGCUAAAUACUGAGUUCAUAGAUUGCAGUAAAGCUUGUUUUUUCUACUCUGUGGCUGUUGUACUUACAUAGUGUUUACUGUCUAGACUCAAUACCUAUUAAAUGAAGAAAGCAUGUGCUAUCAAAACAAAGAGAGUAUGGUAAGAGUGAAGAGAUGUGUGGGACAAGCUGUACUCCGCAUGUAAAACAUGUAUGAUUCCAGAAUUUUAGUAUGUUUUGUAUAAAACUAUUUUUCAUUACAGAGACUAGAGGUGAACAGAGAGAGAUACACACAUGUGACUAUAUAAAUUGUAAAGCAUAUAUUAUGAUAUUUUCUUUUAUUUUAGUGUUAUUUAGCUUUAUUACAGAUUUCUAUUUUUGUCAAAACUUCAUGGUUCCUUUCAAGAUCUUUUUUGCCAGAACAUUUUGAUACUACAGCGUUGUACAUUUGAAAGUAGCAUGCUAGACCCUAAGCCAGUGAGCUCCCACAGCCCAUAGGAAGGAAGUCAGCAAACCCUUGCACUGCCAUCGAAAGUAUGUAUGAUAAUUUGCUAGCCCAAGCAAGUCUGUUUUCUUUUUCUUUGCUUUUGUUUUUAUUUUCUUCUUCCUUUUUUCUUAAAAAGCAAAACAAAAAACAAGAAUUAGUGUUCAGUAGUGAUUUUUGUUGCGAUGUCUAACCCCUUUUUACGUUUUCCUAGACCUGGUGAUACACAUGCCAUUACAAUGUGGAUUUUAAAAACGUACACUCCUGUACGGUUCUGUACACUGAGGAACUUUUGUAAAUAUAUAAAUAUAAAUAGACAUCAAAAUACUGUGUGUGAUAGCACAUAGGGUAGUUUCCCCACACCAAAGUUCAUUUUUAUGCAUGCUUUAAGAGUCUAUAUCGGGAUGGGCAGAAACGGGACUACCCAUACAUUUUUAAAGAGCUCCAAGUUUGCACAGCUUGAGGGGUUUUGUAAAUAACUGUUAUUUGUAUAACACAGCCAUGUAACAUACAGAACUGUAAGCAGAGACCUUGCAAACUAAAUAAAGGGCUGCAUGCUUAUUAUUUUUUGUACCUUGUCAUUGUAACUAGCUACUUCCUAGUCAAAGAGCAUGUAAGUAUCGCCACAGGGUCUCGGCUUUGAGGGCGUUCUGAGUAACGUGUAGCCACAUCCACUUAUACAGUGGUGUUCUCUGAAAGCUCGGAGUAGCUAAGGAUGAGUUCCUAAUAAACUAAUUGACAGUGUGGUUGUCUGAACUUAA